AUGGAAACAUCAACCAACGACAACAAUGAUGAAUAUGAUGAUAUUUAUAUUGUAUUUGAUAUUCCCGAUUUCAAUCUCAUCGAAAAUUUACAUUUAGAAAAUUACUCUGUCAUUGGUUUGGAGACGGAAAGACCAAUUGUAAAAAUUGAUAACUUUGUAUUUGAAGGAAAGUUUGAAACUCUACUCAUGGACACUGCAUUGUGUGUCGAACAACAGCAACAUUCAACAAAUCAUCAUAACCCCCAUGAAUCUCCUCCACAAACAAUUACAUCAAGACAAAUUUUGAGAUUGAAUCGCAUUCUGCUUGGUCCUAAAGUCAUGACCUCCACAAAUAAUACAUCAUCAUCAUCAACACCAUCACCGAUGAACAAUGUCGUGUAG